AUGACAUCCGACACUUCUAAAAACCCACUGCCACCGCCUCAAACACCACUGGGAUGGAGUGUAAUCCAGUUCACUUUCAGCGAUAGAAACACAGAUUCAGAGCUGGUGGUUAUGUGCAAAGACAAACGCUUUAUUAUAAAUCUCUCUGCCGACAACUUUUCUGAGUCGCUCAAGUUGAAAGAGCGUUAUCUCUUCUUCUUGCAAGUUGCCGAAGAGUUCGAGCUAGAUGGUGUAACUGUCGAGGACUUCUGGGAUUGGAUUGUCGACCCUCUGCUCCCCAUUUUCCGGGAACUGCCCACUCCAGACCCGGCAGCGCCACAGACCUUGGACGGCUUUUUCAACCCCGAGACUUUCAUCUACACCUUCCAAACGGUUUCAGAUGAUCGUAUACCGCAGCUAGACAGAGACGCCGAACACCAAUCUCCAUUCGGUAUCUCCGUUCCUGAUGAACUCUGUACGCCAUGGAAGCCCUUUGAUCCAUCUGAAGUGCAGAUUUGUCAUGAGAAAGUGAUCGGCCCGCCCUCUCAUACGCCGAGCAAGGUCCUUUUGAACGACGGGACGAUUUCAUUCCUUAAGCUCGCCCGCUGUGGCGAUACGCAGUCCAUCAAAAACGAGCUGCACACAUAUGGGAAGAUCGAAAGAGCACAACUUGACCUCAAAGUGAAAGUUUCACGCCUCCACGGCCUAGCCCUACAACCGGGCACAGAAGUUUCAUUAAGGGAGGGAUGGGCUGUACAAAUUCAGGAGGCUAUUGGACAACUACAUAAUGCUGGAAUUGUUUGGGGUGAUGCCAAACCGGAUAACAUCCUAAUUGAUGUGAAUCAGGAUGCUUGGCUUGUUGAUUUUGGUGGCGGUUACACGGAGGGAUGGGUGCCUAAGAACCUUGCCGGGAUAAUGGAAGGAGAUCGCAUCGCUCUACAGAAGAUACUAGAGUACAUCCGCAACUAG